AUCUCCUCGGCUCGGAUCCUCGGCUCGAGACGCUAUCGAACUCGAGCUUGAGGUGGCAGGCUCGCUCGAGCUCGGCUCGUUGCCAGCCCUCCCGCUCAGGCCCAUCUCCUGUUUCUUCCCCCCUUUCCCUUCUCUGUCUCUGUCUCUCUCCUCCCGUGGUCUUCCUUUCCUGGCGGCGACGGCUGGGCUAGCGGCGGCGCCAUUCGCACGUCUUUGCCCGGCCCUUUGCCGGCGACGAGCAUCCACCAGUGAGUUUCAGUUGCAAUUCGUGUGGAAGGUGGAUUGUCUGAUCUGAUACUUAGAAAAUUGGGUUGGACUCUACAUGUCAAGAAAGUAUGGCACCAGGAAGCAAGGCAGAGAGAAAAGCAGCAUUAGAUGCUGGAGCAUGGAUGUUCAAUGUUGUAACAUCAGUUGGUAUCAUCAUGGUCAACAAAGCCUUGAUGGCAACACAUGGUUUUAGUUUUGCUACAACACUGACUGGACUUCACUUUGCAACCACAACCUUGAUGACACAAGUAAUGAAAUGGCUUGGGUAUAUUCAGCCAUCCUAUUUGCCAUUACCGGAACUAGUAAAGUUUGUCUUUUUUGCAAACCUAUCCAUCGUUGGGAUGAAUGUUAGUUUGAUGUGGAACUCUGUGGGAUUCUAUCAGAUUGCAAAGUUGUGUAUCAUUCCAGUUUUAUGCAUUCUGGAAAUCCUAUUUGACAAAGUCCGUUACUCAAGAGAUACGAAGCUCAGUAUAGUGCUUGUCCUGGUAGGGGUUGCUGUAUGUACUGUGACUGAUGUUAGUGUGAACUCUCAAGGGUUAUUAGCGGCAGUAAUAGCUGUUUGGAGCACGGCACUACAACAGCAUUAUGUUCAUCACCUUCAGCGAAAGUACUCGCUCGGUUCAUUCAACCUCUUAGGUCAUACUGCUCCAGCUCAGGCAGCAUCACUGUUAGUAUUGGGGCCUUUCGUGGACUUCUGGUUGACCAACAAAAGAGUUGAUACUUUUAACUACACAUCAAUAGUUACGUUCUUCAUUGUGUUGUCAUGCAUAAUUGCUGUUGGCACCAACCUAAGCCAAUUCAUAUGCAUUGGAAGAUUCACAGCCGUCUCAUUCCAAGUUCUAGGCCACAUGAAGACGAUUCUCGUGUUGACCUUGGGGUUCCUUUUCUUUGGCAAAGAGGGCCUCAAUUCCCAUGUCGCCCUUGGCAUGCUUCUGGCUGUAAUCGGCAUGAUUUGGUACGGGAAUGUGUCGUCGAAACCUGGAGGGAAAGAGCGGCAGGUUUACUCGACACCAAGCGAGAAAACUCAGAAGCAUGGGAUGCUGUCCUCGCAGUCCGAGCUUGAUCAGAAAGUUUGAAAUGGGAACAGCAAAGCCACCCUGUGCUUCUUGAUUCGACAGAGCAAAAAUCUUGUGCUUCUUGAGCGUUGAUCAGCCUAAUUUAUUCUUUUUAUACAUUUUAGGGAUAUGUUUCUAUAGAAUUGUAGGCCACAGCAGAAACAGGGUACCUGGGCAAAAAGCCCAAGGCUAUACUUUUGGAGCAAAUAUGUCAACAUCUAAGCUGGCAGAUACAUGUUCUGUAAUAGUCAUUCUGUGGUUGCAUGUUUUCGCUCUCCA